AUGCAGGCGGUCAAGAGUUUCUUCCAGUGGGAUUGGGAUGCCCGCGACGUGCCAGCGCUGCUAAGGGACGGCACCAGGACCGAUCUUGAGUAUGUGCUGAUCAGGCGUUCCAAGCAGUUCUUGUCGAUCGCGAAGCCGACUUCGGACGACAAGAUGGCGCUGCGGCUCGACGUCAGCAAGGAGCUGGCGAGCAAGCAGAAGGAGGACGGCGUGGCGAUGGAGAUCCUCCAUCCGUCGCUGGCGGCGGCGGCGGAGCUGGCCAAGGAGCGGUUCCACUGCGAGUUGGCGCUGGCACACAUGAACGUUGUGCUAUACAUGUCCGCGUCACUGAUGGCGCGGACAGGGUCGGCGGACUCGUCGCGCGCGGGCGUGCGCCGCCGUGCGCACGGGGCGCCGCAGGCCAGCUCAUCCACUGGCAAGGACACCUUUGACGUCAAUUCCCCGGCCACUGGCAACCUGGUGGGCGAGGCGCCGGAGGUGUCGGAAUCCCUCGUGAACGACGCCGUGCAGGCGGCCGCGAGCGCCGCGGCGGGGUGGAGGCGGCUGUCACAGGCGCAGCGGGCCGCAUACCUGCAGUCCUGCGCGAACGUCCUGCGCGACAACCUGCUGCCCCUCGCCACGCUCCAGACGAACGAGAGUGGCAGGCCCCUCCCCGAGACGCGCAUCGAGGUGCUGGUGGCCGCCGCAAACUUCGAGGCUGCUGGGAAGUUGCUGGAUAUCGAUCAGGGCGAGGUGAUAUCUGAGGACGAGUCCAAGAAGGUGGUCGUUCGCCGCAGCCCCCUAGGUGUCUGGGGCGAUUCGGAUUCAUCCAAUUGGGGCAGUUCCGGCGAGAGCGUUCGCUACAUCUACACGGGCACGUCCAAGGGUGGCGGCAAGCACGGCAAGGGCAAAGGAUUCGGGUUCGGCAAAGACAAGGGCUGGGAUUCCUCUACGACGACGGGGACGGCUACACAUACACUUGAGGACGGACCAGUUCCUCUUCCAGUGGGUGAGGUGCCGAAGCUAUCUGUUUCAGAGGCCCAUCAACUGGCCGCACUUCAUUCGAAGGCAGGUGAUUCCGAGCAGGCGCAGAAGUACAAGCAACUUGCGCUGGCCUUGGAACGCUCUGAGCACCCUCCCGAAGUCAGUCCUCAACAGCGUGUGCAGCAAGCGCAUGCCAAAGUUCGGAGGAUUGAAAAGAAUCUCAAGACCGAGUUUACUAAGCUUACGAACUGGCGGUCGGAAGUUGAGGCGCAGAGGCAGAACGUGUCCGAGAUGCACGAAGAGUUGAUCAGAGCGGGUGCUGAGUACAAGCAAAUGAUGUUCGCCAACAAGAGCCCCCUGCAGAGCCUGACAUUCGCGACCAAGUCGCGGCUGAGCUGGCUUCGAUGGAAGUCCAUGUGGCAGCCUGGCAUUCCAGGCUCGCAGGGAGGUGGCAGUUGUGGGGUUGCUGUCUUCGCACGUUCGUGGCUCGGCGUGAUUGACGUUCCAGAGUUUGAGGGCGAGGCUGGGCGCAGCUUUGUUUGCAAGGUUCAUUCACCAGCGAUCCCUUCAUUUUUAUUGCGCCCGCUCUACUUGCAGCGCAGUGUAGGCGUGGACGAGCACAAUGGCAAGAGCCGGGGGGAACCUCCUUCGACGUUCCGGAAGCUUCUGUUCAAGGCCCUGGCGCACCCCGAGGACCCCGUCGUUCGAGGGCUCAAGUGGCUAGACGCGCAGGUCAGGGCUCUGAAGUCGGAGCUGGAAUGUCAGAAGCCGCAGGUGGCGGCGAUUGCUCACAGUCUUCUUCCGCCGCCUGCCACUGCUCGAACAGCUCAGCGCAAGCAUCCUGAGGUGUUUUCGGCGCGCUGGUGA